AUGGAAUCCCAAAUGCAGUGCAACUGCAUUUCACAAGACAGGAGUCCCAGGUCUGAGGGCAAAUCCAGGCAUCCUGCUAGGACUAAUUUUAUAGAUGAGACCAAGAAAUGUGAUGUCAACACUAGUUGCACAAAGUCCGAUCCUGUGUUCCCCAAACUAAAGACUCCUCUUAACGAUUGUGCUCCCCAAAGGCAAACAUGUAGCAUGAGUUCUUUGGCAAAGGCCCUCGGUGGGCACCAGACUUACUUCCAUCAGUCCCUGAGUUCUGGAACCAGAUUUGCCCAGAGUUCAAAAGGUUCUCCUCAGCCAUCAACGUAUCUUACUAUUCUAAAUGAAAUGUUCAAGCCAAAGAAGUCAAAGAAGCCAAAGAAAUUAAAGAACAGGUUAAGAAAAAAGAUAGUUGAGGCACUGGAGGAUCUGAACCAAAAAAUAGAAGAGGCCAAACUCCGGCAGGACCUCCUGUUGCAAGAGAGCAGGCUGCUGCAGAACGAAAUUCUCUGCCUGGAAGCCGAGAACAGCUUCGUCAGGGUCCUAAGGAAACAAAGUAAGCAGUGUAAAAAGAAACACUGGGAACUGUGGAAUCGAUACUUUCAGGAAUGUGAGGAGAUUAGACGAGAGAAACAAGAACUGACACUCAGGUUUGCCCAGCAAUCCGCCGAGCUUCAAACUCAGUUCUGGCAGGGGACAAGCCACCAGGUUCAGUUGAGGCGGCAGUUUCAGUCAAUGGAGCAUAUUUCCUCCUUAAAGAAUAACCAGAAGAUGAAAAUCCAGAUGUUGGAGAAGGAGAUAGAGAACAUGAAAGUCGAGAUGGCUCGGCAGGACCGCCAGGCACACUUGGAGUUCCUGCAGCAAAGGAAGCACCUAGUGAGACAGAUAGAGGAACUAAAAUCGCUGCAGGCAGGAGGCCAGGGCACCCCAGAGGUUAGGCGGAAGGCCAGGGUCUUGGAGUCCACAGCCAAGAAAGUGAAUUCGGAAUUUUGCGAUGGUGUCUGCAGAGAGAACCAGGAGUUACAGGAGGACCUAUUGAAGCUAAUCCAGGAGUACCACCAGCUGGAGUGUAUAAAGAGGAAGCUAGAGAUGUGGAAACAGUGGCUGAAGGAGGAACGGUGGUAUCGAGAAGCCUUAGUUAGGGGGAGAGGGCAGCUUAAGGCAAAGAGGGAGAGAAGUCAUGCUUGUGACCUUUGA